UUUGGUAGCUCUUUUGAUUCGGUUAGAAAGAUGGCAAGCAAUGGACCUGACCUGAUCUGACAUUAGAUAAAGUGGCGGAUUCAAACGUAAAGAACAAUUUUACAUUUAAGGAUUUGGUUUGAGGUCCGUCUUUCUUUUCUCUCCCUCUCCCUCUUUUACAAUUUCCAACAGCGCACCACACACCAAAUAUAUCGCCUGUCUUGUCUCUAACAGUCACAGCCGCUUGAGUUGAGACUUAAAAGUGAAAGAGUGAGGAGAGAGAAAAAGAACAGAUUAAGCGAGAAAAAAGAAAAAAAGGGAGAAUAGAAACAUGGGAAAAUCCACUUCCUGUUUCAAAAUCAUUACUUGCGGCGGCGAUUCUGGUGAAACAGACGACGUUGUUCAUGUUCCUCGGGCUGAGAGUAAGAUAACAAACGAAAAAAAGGGAUGGAGCUUUCGAAAGAGAUCUGAUCGGCAUCAAGUGCUUAGCAAUACUGUUAUACAGGAAGCAACUUCGGGACUUGAGCAAAGUCCGGAAUUUGCCGGUUUCAAUUUUCAACAGCCUGAUGCAUCCAUUUCUACUGAGAAAACUUCAUUUAUUCAGCACAGUGAAGAAAAACCUCAGGUGAAGACACCAAAUGAGUACCUUGAAGUAGAAUCUAAGAGUGUAGCACCAAAUGAGUUCACUGAAGAAAAAUCUCAGUUGCUUACACCAAUGGCAUACACUGAAGAAAAAUCUCAGUUGUUGACCCAAGAGGACUCUAAAAUGCCUGAAUCUGUUCCCAUCACCACAAACGAGGCUGAAGAUGAUGCCAACCUUGAUGAAUCUGUUGCUAUUAUCGUACAGACUGCUGUCAGAGGGUACUUGGCACAUAAAGAGUUAGGAAAGCUUAAGAAUUUAGUGAAGUUGCAGGCUGCUGUAAGGGGGCACUUGGUUAGAAAACAUGCUGCUGGGACUUUACGGUGCAUUCAAGCCAUUGUCAAGAUGCAAAUUCUUGUUCGUGCUCGUCUAUCUCAAGACGGGCUUUAUGCUGAAAAUAAGCUGGAUGGCAAGCUCCAUAAUGACAACCAAAAUUUGCAGGGAAGCUCAGCAAUAAAACAGAAUGCAACUUAUACAUCCAUAGAGAAUCUGCUUAGCAAUAAGUUUGCUCGUCAGCUGAUGGAUUCAACACCCAAGACAAAGCCUAUACACUUCAAGUGUGAUCCAUUGAAACCAAACUCAGCUUGGAGCUGGUUAGAGAGGUGGACGUCUGUGCCAUCAGCUAGAAAUUCUUCACUGGUGAAAUUAACUAUUGAACAACCAGAAUGGGAGAAAAGUGACAAUUAUGAGACUCCUCUUACUGCAACAGUUCAAUCUGAAGCGAUCUCUGAGUCAAACGAACCCAAAACUUAUGUACGGGAGAUAUUGGUAUCAUCAGAGAGUGAAGAGAAUCCGAUCACCAACAACGCUGCCAACUUUAAGUUUGAGGAAUGUGAGCCAACUUCCUCUCCAGUAAUGGAUGAUAUGGACCAACCUCUGAUUGACACUAUUACAUCCGACCUAAAAGAGAACUCUCAGGAUAUAAACACACAAGAUCAAAUGAUGCAAACAAAUGCACAUUCUCAAGCAGUGGACAGUUGUCUUUCUAGCAAGCUGGAAAUAGAAAGUGAACAACCCAAACAUUCUACUAAAAGAUUUGCCUCUGAACAACUGGAAACGGAGCCUAUGAAAAUUGCAUUUGGGUCAAGAAAGGCAGAUAAUCCUGCAUUUAUUGCUGCACAAACAAAAUUUAAGGAGUUGAGUUCAAGGGCCAAUUCAAGUAGAUCUGUUGAUUCAUCCCCCCAAGACAUUGGAGAUGAAUCGAACGUGGGUGCUCUGUCAUCUGAGGCAGAUACGAUAAGCAGGUCUACCAAACCAAGCAUCACAGGAAAUGCUGUCAAUAAUAGGAAGGUUCAAUGCAUUGGCUCUGAAUGUGGGGCUGAAAUCUCUGUUAUUUCCACUCUCGGUUUACCUGAUAUAUCUGAAGUUGGAACUGUAGGAUAUGAAAAUGUAACCAAAGUUUCUGAGCAAGAAAUCUUCAGUUCUAACAGUAAUAAGGAUUUGAAUGUUAAAGAAAACAAUACAGGUGCAAUCAGAAUGAAUGAUUCUUCUCUGUCUACUGAUGAUCAGCCUGAUUCUUCUCCAUCUAUUGCUGAUCAGCCCAAGAAACUGGAUGAUGCUAAUGGUGCAUUGACGAAUUUAGUUGUUGCAGACUCCCCUCAAGUAGCGCAGCAGCCACCGAAAGGCACACCUGAUUUGCAUAGAGAUCUGGAUUCUGAGAUGGGUAAUCAAGCAUACAUAUUAUCCCCAGAAGCCUCGCCCAAGUGCCAUAUAAUUGUUCCAGAAUCCCAAAGAACACCUUCUAGUGAGGUAUCAAUGAAAGCGAAAAAGAAAAAGGACAAGAGCUGUCAAAAGAGCAAGUCCUUGUCUGCUGCUAAGAGUUCUCCAUCAACUCCAGGUCAUGAUAGUGGAGCAAGAUGUAGCAUGGAAGAAUUGCCCAAAGAUCAGAAAAAUGGAAAGAUACGUAAUUCUCUAGGUUCAGGAAGACCUGACAGCAUUGGUGGUGAGCCAGGAGAUAGUAACAGCAGCAAUUCUCUUCCCCGUUUCAUGCAUGCCACGGAAUCAGCAAGAGCUAAGGUUAAUGCAAAGACCUCACCAAGAUCAAGUCCAGAUUUGCAAGACAGAGACAUUUAUAUCAAGAAGAGACAUUCCUUACCUGCUGAUAAUGGGAGGACGGGUUCUCCAAGGAUCCAGCGACCAAUUUCUAAAUCCCAUCAGGGUGCAAAAGGAAAUGGUAUAAAUCCUAUGCAUGAUAAAUGGCAAAGGUGAUGGGUUACCUCGGAGCAACCAUAUGUCACAGUUCCCUGUUAUGCAACUUCUCAGGUGGAGAAGUGGAGCUGAUUGGUGGUCUUACUAUCUAGCUUUAUGCCUCAGUAUUUCUCCACUUAAGUUGAUUCUGACAAACCAUCUAGUGCUUGGCAUGGGGGGAGAUAUAUAUAGAGUUGAGUGAACAUUUUGUUGUAUAUUUAUAUUACCAAAACCAUUGAUAUUACUGUUGUUUGUUUCUAAGCUUUACGCCUGGAGGUCUGCUCGUGUGUUCUGUUCAAAUGUGUUUGGCGUGUUAUUGUUCGGGUUUGCUACAAACUUGUUUUUGAGGUGUAUAUUCGAAGUUUUAGACAAUGAUGCUUUAAAGUGGAGAGCUUUGAUCAAUUUUUCGUGUGAUAACUCGGCUAUUCUCUGUUGUUUCGUUGGCCACCAUUUU